UUGAGACAAAAGCGUCCAAUGGUGACAAAGAACAAGAACGUCAUCUAACUUGUGAUUGGCCAGUUGGCGUGGACAAAAUGAAUGGCAACAUGUAUUGUUCGACGCCUUCCCGAAGCGGCGAGUAACUUUCUGACUUCCAACUGAAGAGGGGUCGUUGUAGGACAGAAGAGCCGUGACUGAGCUGGAGAUGGGGGAUCAGGAACUGCCUCAGUUUGGAUCUCUGGAGGAAGAACUGGAAUACUGGAAGGAGAAGGCGAACAGGCACCAGCAGAUUGCUGUGGAAGCUCAGGAGGAGCUGCAGGAGUUCCAGCAGAUGAGUCGGGAUUACGAGGUGGAGCUGGAGACGGAGCUAAAACAGUGUGAGGCCAGAAAUCGUGAGCUUCUUGCAUCUAAUAACCGUCUGCGAAUGGAGCUGGAAAACUACAAGGACAAGUAUGAAACGCGGCACUCUGAGGCGUGCCGACAGAUCUCCAGCCUGGAGGGAGACCUGGCCGAAACCACGGCCAUCAGAGAUCAGCUUCAUAAGUACAUCAGAGAGCUGGAACAGGCCAACGAUGACCUGGAACGGGCCAAGAGAGCAACCAUCAUGUCUCUGGAGGACUUUGAACAGAGGAUGAACCAGGUCAUCGAGAGGAACGCCUACCUGGAGAGCGAGCUGGAUGAGAAGGAGAAUCUCCUGGAGUCUGUUCAGAGACUAAAGGAUGAAGCCAGGGACCUCCGGCAGGAGCUCGCUGUGCAGCAGAAACAGCAGGUACAAGACAGGAAGCCUUCCAUCAGCAGCGCCAUGAAAGAGUCUUCAUCCUCCUCGUCCUCGACAGGGUUACCCACCCCGCCUCUCACCCCCCCAGACAGGAAACCAGAGGAUAAAACCACAGCUUCGUCCUCGCACCAACCUCUUCCAUCUGCCGUCACGCCGUCCAGACCUGCAGCCUCCUCUGGGGUCUUCAGCACCCCGCCUCCCUCCGUCAGCAGAGCUGAAAGUCUUUCUGCGACUCCUCUCACCACAUCGGCCAGGAUCUCAGCUCUGAACAUCGUCGGUGAGCUGCUGAGGAAAGUCGGGAGCCUGGAGUCGAAGCUGGCAUCAUGUCGGGAAUAUGUCAACGAGCACACGACCACCCGCAGACGGCUCAGCAGUGGAUCUGGAUCAACACCGGUUCAGAACAACCCCUCAGAGACCCAUCCUACCAAUGGCCUCUACAACAAGGGCCUGGUUAAGAGGUUAGACUUUGGUGCAGGAUCCAAGCUGCUGCUGUGAAAUAAAACCGUCCUCAUCCUCUCCGUCUCCCUCUUCCUCUCAGUGGGCCUGGAUGGCCCAGACCUUACUGUGUUCUCUCUGCUGGACUCAGGACCUGAUGGACCACACUAAUACCAGGGGGCUGAGGUUAAAUGGAUGGAGAUAGUGGAGUUUUUGUUCAUGUAUUAACAGGACUUCAUUUUCAGCACUUGUCUUGAACUUACACUCUGGACUUUGUCCUUGUUCCAGCUCCUUCAGUCUGGAUUUGAAGACAUGUUUCUGUGUUCAGACUGAAUGAGAGGCAAAAUCCCUCAGUUGAUUAAAACCAGAGGAAGGUUUGCUUCUAAUCUUUGGGGAAUCUGUGAAACUGGACUUGAAAAGGAGAUAUUUUACAUAUUGACUGUCCCUGUUUUCUUUUUUGGACCCGUCAAAAUGAGUCCCAUUCUUCUUCUUCGCUAGCUUCAAACUGAUGGUCUCUAUCUUGGGUUUUCUCAUUUAAAUCCAUUCCAUGCUCUUUAUUAGUCCUGAAUCGGAUAUUGGUUCUUUUUAAACAGCAGGAUCUUGAUGCUCAUGUAUAAAUAGGAAUGCACAUUAGUGCCUUUCACUCACAUGGGACAGAUGGAGCUAUAGUGAAGCAAGAUGGAACCGAUUACUGGACUUCAGCAGCGAACUGUUUUAGGUCCAAACAGAUGACUGUUCAUUGGUCCGCUGGGCGACAGCGCCGGCCGUUCAUCUUGCAUCAACUUCCUGUCUUUAGAACAUUUAGCAAAGAAACAUAACUGAUGGUUGCUAUGGUGACUCCCGUCGUGAGGAUGUUUUUUCCCUCUUGUUUGUAGCAGUUGUGAGGAUUUCUGCCUUUUCCUGGUUGCUCUGGUGAAUUUUUUCUGUUUUAUAUUUUUCUCCUAGUUGCCAUGGUAAUCCUCUGUUUGAACAGGAAAUACGCACGUUUAAAAGGAUCUCCAACAAAUGGUGUUUCCCUCAUUUUCUGCCUCCUACGGUUAUUUUGACCUUUUUUUGUUUUGUAACUGCCGUUAUUUUGUAGUCGCCAUGGCGAUACCGACACCCUCCAGCUGGCCACUAUUUUUUGUCUGGUUGCCAUUUUUUUGCACACCUUUUUAGAAAGGAGCCCAGAUUGUGAUUGGACCCUUUUGUUUUUUUGUAACUGGCCUGGUAAUUUCCUGAUGCCUUUUUCUUGUCACUAUGGCGAUUCCCGCCCUUAUUUUUCUGAUUGCUGUGGUAAUUUCCACCUUUUUGUGGUGUGGCAAUUGGGCGAGCACUUCUCAGGAGCAAGAAACUUUACAAAAGGUCUCUAACAAACAUUUGCUGUGUAAAAACUAAUUAGGGUAGAUUUGUUUUUCCAGCUGUGAAUGUCUAAAUCCUUCACUAAAGACGUGUAACUGAUGUUUAUGAAUAGUGAAUUAAUGAGCACAAAGACCCUGACUCACAGUUCUGCUGAGGAAAUUAAGCUAAUUUGUGCCGACUGUGUGGAAGCUGGUAAGACACUGGAUAAAGGAAAUAUAAAAUGUUUAUGUUCUGAUACAUAUUGUUGAUUUGAAGGAGAAAUGGAGCACAGGAGUAGGUUUAGAUUAAAGUUAAAAUAUUUGAAGUGAUUGUGUGAAAAUGGUUGAAGUUCAAGGUUUCUGUGACCCAUUUAGAUGUUCCUACUAUGAAAUUUGACAGUUUGAACAGUAGAGCUUCAAAUUCCUGUGUUCAAUGUCUCUCCUGACUGAGCUGCACCUCAUGUUUUAGCUCCACGCCCUCAACUGUCCAAAUAGAACAACACAAAGGGUCGAGACUUUGAACGACCAGCUGCUGUAGACAAAAGUUUUGCCUUUUGAGGCUCAGAUUUCAGAUUCUCUGUGGUUGCGGUUACUCCUCAAGCUUCAGAUUACUAUCAGAGCUGCAACACCACUGGUUGAAGAUUAUUACAAUAACUUCUUUUAGCUACUUUUCAAUAAUUUAAACUGGGUUUUGUUAAAAAGAAACUAUAGUUUUUAGAAUCAGUUGAUGCCAACAUGUUAAAAAAAUCCCCACAUGGGGUAAAUAUUCGGGCUGAGCAGCCAGCUGGAGGGCAGUUUUAGCCUCUCCUGAAGACUGAAGCAGAACCGUUAAUAUGGUGUGACUUUAACACGUUAGAGGAAAGGCACUGAUUAGUUUGACAGAUGAGAAGACGAGGCAGAUAUUUGAAAGACUUGAAUACUUCACUGAAGACAACGUGUUUUAUAUUAAAGGUUUCUAUCUACUGUAUGUCUAAUAGGCUGAAUGUGAUGAAGACCACUUCUCUUUGGAGUUUACCCUCACUGAUGCUUAUGUUUCUGAAAAAGUAAUAAAACUUCUGCCUUACA